AUGCCAGAAGUCGAUCCAUAUGAAGAGAUGGAGAAAGAAGCAAGGUCAAGAACAUAUGACAAUGUAGCAAGGGAGAUUCGUAAUUUGAAGGAAGCUUUCAAAAGUAUCCAAGUCCAUAAGGGGGUUGAAGGUCUUGAAUAUGAGGAUUUAUGUGUUCAUCCCGAUGUUGAAUUACCCGUGGGGUAUAAGGUACCAAAAUUUGAUGUAUUUGAUGGGAAGGGAAAUCCUCGAGCUCAUUUAAGGUCGUAUUGUGACAAGUUAGUUGGACUGGGGAAAGAUGAGGCCAUUAGAAUGAAGUUGUUUAUAAGGAUCUUAAUGGGAGAGGCCCUUGAUUGGUACACGAGUCGAAACCCACAGAAAUGGAAUAGUUGGGGUGCGAUGGCACAAGAAUUCAUGGAUAGGUUCAAGUUUAACACUGAGGCUAUUCCGAACAGGCUCUACUUGAUGAAGUUGGAAAAGAAGUCAACAAAGUCAUUCAGAGAGUAUGCGAUGCGGUGGAGAGCAGAUGCCGCAAAAGUUCAACCUCCAAUAGCAGAAAGUGAGAUGACCUCUCUUUUUAUACAAUCCCAAAAAAAUGCAACGUACUAUGAAAAGAUGAUAUGUGUUGUAGGACAAAAGUCAUUUAAGGUUGUCAGAAUGGGAGAAUUCAUUGAAAAAGGUAUUAAAACUGGGAGAAUCACUAAUUUGGCAGCCCUACAAGCAACAAGUAAGGCCAUUCAGACAGAUUCAAUCGAAGGAACCCUUAAGAAGAAGAACGGCGUAUCUGCUGUCAUAACCAUCUAG